AUGAGUAGUAAAGACUCAAUUGAACUUCAGUUGGAGGGAGAUGAUAUUACCCCAGAAAAGUUUUGGGAACUGACGGAUGAUUUAUUAUAUACUAAGGUUUUUUAUGACACAGAUACAAAGUUAUAUUUCACAAAGCAUUUCAAGAAUAAAUACAUAGAAAAGACUAUUACCGAUGAUACUUCUUCAGAUGAUCACAAAGAACAGAAAGAGGAUAAAUUUGAUAACGAUGGUACAAAUUCUGAAAACUACAAUCUUGAGAUUUGCACAGAGGAUGAGAUAAAUACCUUGUUGGUCAGCUUUAUCACACUUGUGGCGAAAUAUUGCAAUACGUUAAUUGCCCAAGUUGGGGAGGACACCUUUUUUGAUGCAGUUGCAGAAUACUUAAUGAACUUCAAAUAUUAUCAGACACAUGUUGAAUUUUGUAUAAGAAAAAUGUUGUCAUUGUUGAUAUAUUCUGUUGACUUAAAUUUGCACAAUUUAAAUCUCAAUGUUAAUGCUCUUGACGAUACCGUCAAAGAUGAGGUCAAUGACGCUAUAGAUACCAAUGAAAAAUUCAUUAAAAUUAUUGGCUGGAUUUUUUAUAAACAUUAUGUCCAUUACAAAAAAGAGCUUUUGGAAACUUUGAAAGAAUAUAGCGGGUUUACUACAUUAUGCAAGGUCUUGAAAAAUUAUAUUGCCAUUUCCGAGGCUGUACAAGAUGGGACUGACAUGUUCGGAAACAGCUACAAAAACUACAUGUCUUUGAUGUUUGAGCUUUGCAAAAAUUACAAUUUUUCUGAUGAAUUGAAGGUCUUCCAGCAGAGUGAUAUAAUUUCUCUCUUCCACAAUUUGAAAGUUCAAGCCAGAGAUGAGGAUGAGGUGAAUUUUUUGAAGUUCAGACUAUUACUAGUUCUUAACGAGCAAUACAUGUUUCAGUGUGGAUUGAAGGUCAAAUAUGAAGAGAAUACUAAUUUGAUUGUAGAGGCAAUGAUUGAAAAGGUACAGUACUUCCAGGUUUUCAACGAAAUUCUCAUCUUGAACUUUAAUAGAGAAAUGGAUAGAGUUGAUCAAAUCUUAAUGUUGAAGUUUCUAUACACUGUGUUUUCGAAUCCCGCAACCAACAGCAUGGUAUAUCUGAAUGACCUCAAGGUCAUAGUUGACAUUAUAAUCCGUCAACUCUUCAAUCUACAGAUUGGUAAAGCUGAGUAUUUGGUGAAUAUUUAUUUAAGAGUCCUAUACUGCAUUUUGACCGAGACUGACCUUAAAAACAAUAGCUACAAAAGGGAUGAGCUAGUAGAAGUGUUGAAAUAUACGCACUCUUCAGAUGAUGCCUCUGACAAAACCAAAAUACUUGCUAAAAGAUGCAUUGAUUGUCGCUUUUUCCAAAGCUUCCAAAAUUCUGCAGAGACGUUGCCGGCAAUGUCAAAACUGCAAAUCCAGCCUGACAGUGAUAGAGGACGGUAUGGCUCUUGUCCGGACUUGACCACCAAGGACCGUAUCCACAAAAUAGGUCACGAAACCCAUAUUCUCUUGUCCCCAGCAGCCAAGCUCCUUAACUUUGAAUCCCAUAUCAUACAACAGGUCACACGAUCCCCGACUGGCCAUCAUAUCAUAUCGCCGCAUAAAGUUGCCCAUACCCUGCAUUUAGAAAGUGGCAAAAUACCUUUUCUUGACCACCUCAACCUCAGCAGCAGCCACAUUGGCGGCUCGCGUAAUGCAGACAGCCAUACCAAUGGAGUUGCUAAUAACAAUACCAAGGGCAGCAGACUCGCAGGAGGAACGAUCCAGAGGUUAAUAGGUAUUACGGUCAAGGCAUAG